GCAGGGGGAGACAGCAGUCAGCGGCCUCCGCGGCCUGAGCUCCGGACCGUACAGCCAGGAGCAGCUCGGGAGCUGUCACCGGGACUCUGCUCCUCCUCACCGACCUCCACACCGAGCACGGCACCGGGACGGGCUGAGGACAGCUCCCCGGCCGCUCAGGAUGUGGCUGAACCCGGAGGAGGUGCUGCUGGCCAACGCGCUGUGGGUGACCGAGAGAGCCAACCCGUUCUUUAUCCUGCAGAGGCGGCGGGGACACGGCAAAGGCGGAGGCCUGACAGGUUUGCUAGUGGGGACUCUAGAUGUUGUGUUGGACUCGAGCGCCCGGGUUGCUCCUUAUCGAAUAUUGCAUCAGACCCAAGAAUCGCAGAUCUAUUGGACAGUGGCUUGUGGAUCAUCACGAAAAGAGAUCACUGAGCACUGGGAGUGGCUGGAGAACAACCUGCUGCAGACUCUCUCAAUCUUUGAGAAUGAAGACGACAUCACAACCUUCGUCAAAGGGAAAAUCCAUGGCAUCAUUGCUGAGGAAAACAAAAGUGUUCCACCCAAAGAUGACGAGGACCCUGGCAAGUUCAAGGAAGCCGAACUGAAAAUGCGGAAGCAGUUUGGGAUGCCUGAAGUGGAGAAGCUGGUGAAUUACUAUUCCUGCAGCUACUGGAAGGGACGGGUCCCUCGACAAGGAUGGCUCUACCUGACUGUCAACCAUCUCUGCUUCUAUUCAUUUCUGUUGGGGAAAGAAGUGACUUUGAUUAUCCAGUGGCUCGAUGUGACUCAGCUUGAGAAGAAUGCAACGCUGCUUUUCCCAGAAUGUAUCAAGGUCAGCACCCGGGAUAAUGAAUAUUUUUUCUCCAUGUUCCUUAACAUCAGCGAGACUUUUAAGCUCAUGGAACAGCUCGCCAACAUCGCUAUGAGACAGCUCCUGGACAAUGAAGGCUUCUUGGAGGAUCGUAACCUGCCCAAACCUACACGACCACUCAAAAACAUCUCUGCUCUGAAGAGAGACCUGGAUGCUCGGGCAAAGAACGAACAGUAUCGUGCCACAUUCCGACUUCCUAAGGAUGAGAGGCUGGAUGGACACACAGAUUGUACAUUGUGGACUCCAUUUGCCAAGAUGCAUAUCCCUGGUCAAAUGUUUGUUUCCAAUAACUACAUCUGUUUUGCCAGCAAGGAAGAGGAGGCUUGUCACCUAAUAAUACCCCUUCGGGAGGUUACCAUAGUGGAGAAGGCCGAUAGUUCCAGCGUGCUACCCAGGCCAUUGUCCAUCAGCACUAAAGGAAAAAUGACCUUUCUCUUCGCCAAUCUUAAAGACAGGAACUUCCUGGUUCAGCGCAUCUCGGAUUUCUUGCAGAAGACGUCAUUGCAGAGGGCUGAAGGAGACAAUGGUGGGGACCAAAGAGCUGCCGUGCGGAAAGGAAGCAGCGGGAAUGGCGCAUAUGAGGCAACAAGGCUUGUUGUCAGUAGUCCAAUUGGUGAUGGACCCAGCAAUCCUCAGAAGACUAACAGUACAGAGGCUCCUACAACCUCUCACGGGCUACUAAAACUCUUCCCAAGAGAAGGCAGUGAAGAACUAGGUCCUAAAUGGGCCAAGGAGAAGAUGAAGGAAGAGUCCUGGAACAUUCACUUCUUUGAAUACGGUCGUGGUAUGUGCAUGUAUCGAACAUCUAAGACCCGGGAACUGGUGCUGAACGGGAUUCCGGAGAGCCUGCGAGGAGAGCUCUGGCUCUUGUUCUCAGGGGCCUUAAAUGAGAUGGCAACACACCCGGGCUAUUAUUCCGACCUGGUUGAGAAAUCCACUGGAAAAUGUAACCUCGCAACAGAUGAGAUUGAACGAGACCUCCACCGUUCAAUGCCAGAGCAUCCUGCAUUCCAGAAUGAACUAGGAAUAGCUGCGUUACGCCGCGUGUUGACAGCAUAUGCUUUUCGCAACCCUAAUAUAGGGUACUGCCAGGCUAUGAAUAUAGUGACCUCUGUUCUGCUUCUUUACUGUAAUGAGGAAGAGGCAUUUUGGCUGCUGGUGUCCCUAUGUGAGCGCAUGCUUCCAGAUUAUUACAAUACUCGGGUUGUUGGAGCCUUAGUGGACCAGGGUGUGUUUGAGGAAUUGACACGUGAGUUCCUUCCGCAGCUGUCCGAGAAGAUGCAGGAACUGGGAGUGAUCUCCACCAUUUCUCUGUCUUGGUUCCUCACCUUAUUUCUUAGCGUCAUGCCAUUCGAGAGUGCAGUGGUGGUGGUUGACUGCUUUUUCUAUGAAGGAAUCAAACUGAUACUACAAUUGUCACUGGCUGUGCUGGAGGCCAACAUGGAUAUCCUGUUAAACUCCAGUGAUGAAGGUGAAGCCAUGACUGUUCUUGGAAGAUAUCUUGACAAUGUGGUGAACAAGCAGAGCGUGUCGCCUCCAAUCCCUCACCUGCACGCUCUUCUCACCAGUGGCGAUGAACCUCCAGUUGAGGUCGAAAUAUUUGACCUCAUCAAGGCGUCAUAUAUGAAGUUUAGCAGCCUGAGAGCAGAUGAUAUUGAGCAGAUGCGGUUUAAGCAAAGGCUGAAGGUGAUACAGUCUUUAGAGGAUUCAGCAAAGAGAAGUGUGGUGAGAGCAAUUUCCACUGACCUUGGCUUCUCUAUGGAAGAGCUUGAGGAUAUGUACGUUCUGUUCAAGGCUCAGCAUCUGAUGAGCUGUUAUUGGGGAGGGAACCGCACAACCAGCAAUCGCCAUGACCCCAGCCUGCCUUAUCUGGAGCAGUACCGCAUAGACAUAGAUCAGUUCCAGGAGUUGUUCUCCCAGCUCACACCCUGGUCUUUCGGCUCACACACUUCCAUCCUGGCUGCUCGUAUUUUCCGCCUGUUGGAUACUAACAAGGACUCCCUAAUAAACUUUAAAGAGUUUGUAACUGGACUUGGAGGAAUGUAUCAUGGUGAUAUGACGGACAAGCUUAAAUUUCUAUAUAAACUGCACCUACCACCUGCUCUAAGUCCUGAAGAAACAGAAUCUGCUCUGGAGGCUACAAACUUCUUCACCGAGGAUGUAACUCCAGAAGUAUCUCCCUAUCUCUCCGAACUGGAUCUUAUUCUCCAGAGUGAGUUCCCAGAUUCUGAUGGACAGGGCAAUGGAACUGCAGCUGAGAAUGGGGACUGUCAAGAUAAAAAAGAAGAGAAAACAGCCAGUGCUCCAGACUAUAAGUACUACCUACGCAUGUGGGCCAUUGAGAAAGAGCAGAAGAAAGAGACUAUAAAAGACAUACCUAAAAUGAACCAGGAGCAAUUUAUCGAGUUAUGCAAGACUUUCUACAACAUGUUCAGUGAGGACCCGGUUGAACAAGAACUUUACCAUGCCAUAGCCACGGUUGCUAGUCUUCUGCUGCGCAUUGGUGAGGUGGGAAAAAGGUUCUCCAACCCUCCCCUUAGGAAUUCUGAAGGUGAGCAAACCAAUAUAACCAGAGAGCCCUCAAGUGAAGAAGAAGAGCAGAGCUCAGGUCUGGAGAGCAGACAGCUGAGGACCGCAAAAGAGCAGUCCACUGUGCCCAUUCCUGUUCCUGGCAACUCUCGGUCGACUGUCACCCAAGAGAAUAUUCAAAAACUGAAGAAAGAAGUAGCCAACGAAGGUCGAAACAGCCAGCCCACCUCAGAUGAUGAGACCAAGGAUGAUACUUCAGUGUCGUCCUACUCCAUGGUGAGCGCCAGCUCACUCCAGUGUGAGGAUAUUGCAGAUGACACAGUGUUAGUCGGGUGUGACCCUGGCAGUGUGACACCAAAGUACGGCAGUACCAUUGAUGCAGAAUGGUCAAUCUCCUUUGAACAGAUUCUGGCUUCCGUGCUCACUGAGCAAGCCCUGGUCAGCUAUUUUGAGAAGAAAGUGGACAUUACACAGAAGAUCAAGCAAAAGAAAGUAGAAAGACAGAUCAGCUCCUCAAGUGAACAUGAACUCUCUUCUGUUUCCGGAUAAAAUGUGAUCCUAACCUUGUAUAUAGAAAGGUUGGAUUAAAUUAAACCCUGCAUAGAAACAGACAAGAAGACUUCUCCUCAACUUGGUCCUUUCUUAGCUUCUUGGCUCUGUAUUUCAUGCAUCUCCCAUCAGCAACUUAAGGAAAACUUUGCUUCGUGUUAUAAUCCUCGGCCUCAAAGUAGCAAAGAAACAAACUUUCAGGUUUUUAUUUGCAGCUCUCAUCCCGGCAUGCUUCCUUCUCCUUCUUAUUCACUCUUUGGAUGAUUAGUUUUACAGUCCACACUGAGACUUUUUCCAGUUACAUAUCACUGAACCCCUGCCCGAUCCUGGCAAGUUUCACCCGUGUUGUAUUAAAAGGAUCACUCCAUCCCCUUGGCCUCUGUGUGCCACACUGCAUCAGGAUGGGAGUAAGAGAUGCCUUUGCUCCUGAUAGCUCUAUGCUGUCUGUGGUGCCUAAGUAACGUAGAAUAGGAUCUUGUUUCAGCUACUAUGGUAGAGCCAACACAUACCGUGUCAUAGGCUUGUAGCUAAUGUGCAAUAUAUUGGUAUACAGAAUAGUAUCCCAAUUUUUUUUUCUUAUAUUCAGUUGUAUUGUCUACAAAUCAGAUCUAUAGAUGUUGCUCUUCAUGUUUUUUUUUUUUACCUUUACAUCCAACUUUUGUUUUAUGAUCCAUGCCUGUAUAUUUAUAUAUCUUCAUUGAUAAUGUUCAUCUUCAUCUCUCCCUGGCUUACUAACUCAUGUACACUAGAUACAGCCAUACUGUUGGAACAAUGCACUAUAUGCUGCUCUUUAGUCCUUGUGGUAUUCAAAACAUUUCAGCUCGCCACCCUAUCGUUUCUCCUUUUUUAAUUUUUUUUACCAUCAGUGAUAUUUUCAUUACAUUCCAACUAUCGGAGGCUAUACUUUGUAAUAUGCAGCCAUCUAAACGUGUUUCAGACGUUGAUAGGAAUGAAUAAGGAAAAGGUCAAGCAGAGAGAUUUGGACACACAGCACGUUGAUGGUCAACCUCCAUAUACACUCAGAUGGGUUACACACUAAUUCAUAGGUCAUCACAGCAAUGUACAAACCUGUGCACCUUAUUACCCCUAAAAAAUAAAGCUUUAAAUGGGAACAGUGGUUUCUAAAUAGAUAUAUAUAUAUAUAUAUAUAUAUAUAUAUAUAUCAUACAAUCAUAUGGCAAAAGUUGUGAUUAGUAGAACAAGCCCAGACAAGUGUGCACUUAGCGCGUUCUCUCUAGACUCUGUCACAUGGUCUUAUAAUUGAAGUCUAGACACAGCGUGGCAAAAAGCGCAGGGUAUCAAAAGUUUUUCAUAAGGACAAGUACAUUUUAAUAACUACAUUUAUAAAUCUAUACACUAUAUCUCACUGGUGCCUACGGCCACCAUGGUCUGGUUUUGUAGACUGACCCUGUCAGAUCUUACAAAAGGCACUUGCUUUGGUGUUCUAUUUACUUACUGUGUAUGGAUUAGUACUUAAAAGGGAAAUCCAUCUUAAAGGAACACUCCAGUACUUGCUUCACCUCUCAAUUCCUGCAAGUCAUAACCCAGUUUUAUCGAGAAUGUUUUUGUUACAUACUUGCCAAAAAUGAUGACUGUUGGCAAGACAAUCCCGGGAACUGAGCUGCAAAAUCGCUGUGAUUAAUCCAAACCCUGCCUAAAAGUGUCCUGUUUGGGGGUGUUCCCAAAGGUGGGGCUUAAACGUUCUAAUUUUGACUUUAAGUGUUGACUGGUAUGCCUUUAAUGCCCUUGGUAGAAAAUGAUAAGCUUGGGCCACCAAACAUAAAGAUUCGACAGCAGUUAGGGGCCAUUCACACUGCAGAAUCCUGCUCAGAAAUUCCAGUGAAGCAGUCUCCCAUUAUUUUCCAUGAGAAUAUUGAUACAUCAUGCACACUGCACAAUUUCCAUGAAAAUCCUGGAUUUGGUGCUUCGCUGAUAAAAUGAACAGGUUCACUAUACACAAUCUGCAUUGCAUUCAAUGGGGACUGUGUGGCCAUAGCAUUGAUUAAUCUUGGCCGCUGUGGCUGUACACAGAAACUUCGCCCUGAAUUAUUCCAGAAAUUCUGUAUUGUGAAUGGGCCCUAAAAAAUUCAAGGCCUGAUAUACAGUACUGGACCCUUCCAUCUUUUUCUUACUUUUGAGAAAUGUUAAGGGUCCUUUUUAUACUAUCUCAUUGAUUCUCCAGUACUUUCGCAUCCUAUUGUUCACAUUUACUAAAUUGAAAAAGGUGAAGUCAGUGACCAAUCCAUACCAUUCUUUACAUAUAGUGGAUGAGAAUCCACGUGGAAAAUGUUCCCAGAAUGUGGAUGAGAUUUGUAAAAAAAAAUAGAGAUAAAAGUUGUCUGGGAUUAAGGUUUCUUGUUUUCUGGCCAUAAACCAGUACCACCUUGUUUAUAGGCUCUGUCUGGUAUUGCAGCUUUUUCUCCUUUUUAAGAGAGAACUCCAGACAAAAUCAUUGCGGGGUGUGUGAGUCCGACCGCUUGGACCCUUCGCGAUCUAUGGAACUAGACACAGAUUCUCUCAGUGAGGAGCGUGCAGUCUACUGGUAUCUAUGGGAGCGUCGAUGAUGCCAGAGUGCUGCCAUCUACUGCACAUGCUCCUCACAUUGAGCCGGGCCCCGUUCCCUAAAUCACGGGGGGGUCCCAGCGGUCAGCCCCCCCCCCCCCAAACCCCCUCCCCCCCCCCCCCCCCAUGAACAGCUACUUAUCUCCUAUCCUGUGUAUAAGGGAUAAGUACAUUUUUGCUGGAGUUCUCCUUUAAGUUAGUAGGGUUAGCAAAAUACCAGUUGCCAAAACCUGGUCACCCUUGGAGGCGUCCUUUAUACAGACUGUAGCAUGACUGCAUUCUAAUACAGUGACCCUCUCGACAGACAUACGAUCAUUUCAACAUACGAUGGCCUCUCAGAGGCCAUCGCAUGUUGAAGGCAGCAUCAACAUACGAUGCUUUUGUAUGUCGGGGCCAUCGCAUAAACGGCUAUCCGGCAGCGCAGACUGCUUCAGCUGCCACCGGAUAGCCGUUUACGGUGCCCCGUGUGGUCCGCUGACGAUCACUUACCUGUCCUCGGGGCUCAGGCGCGUCCUCUUCGGGAUCCCCUGCAUCGCCGGCGCUCUACUUCGUCGUCAUCACGUCGCUGCGCACGCCGUCCCGUCAUCCAAUGGAGCGGCGUGCAUAAAGACGUGAUGGCGGCGACUGAGAGCGAGGAUGCUGGGGAAGCAGAGGCCUUGCCGGAGCGUCGGGGACACGGCGACAGCGAUGAUGAGCGGUGACGGUCCGGAGCGGCAGGGACACAUGAGUAUAACCUCCAAUACCAGUGGUCCGCAGGUUGUAGAGCACUGUCCCAUACUUUACAUUGCACGGAUCCCUCAACAUACAGGGACCACUGUACCGGUCCUAUGGAAGUGAAUAAAAGUACAGAAUAGUAUACAAUACUUUUAAUAAACUAUGGCCAAGCUUUAGAUCAUCGAUACCUAUGUAACAAUACUGCAUGCUAUGGAAACCAGAUUGCAGCUAUUUUCUAAAAGCCUGUAUUGUGGAUGAGUAAUGUGUAGGCUGCACACCUUUAUAUAAGGACACAUAUACAUAAACAUAUUUCCUGAUAUUGACGUACCAGGCCUCAUAUCAGCACUACUAUCCGCAUACCCAACACUAGUAAACUGCAAUGUGGACUCGGGUUACUAGGGGAAUCGAACCUCUUUUCCCAUCAGUUUAGAUAGAUGACGUCAUGAUGCGUCCUAUAAAGAUUGUGUAUUACAAUACAAAGUAUCAGUAUUUUCCAGCUCCCUUGCCUCUGCUUUAGUGACCUGGACCAGUGCACUCUCUUAGUGAUUGGCAUUGUAUCGUCUCUUCUGGUAAGUACACAGGGCCUCCUAUAUCUCUGUUCUCGUGAUAGGCUUUAACCUUAGCAACCUGUGUCUUGGAUAAAGUGAUCAUGGAGGGAUAAAGUACAUUUAUAACUCUUGUAUCAAUAUCCUCCAUAUACCUGUCCUGAGAUUACCGGCUUCAACACUGUAUGUCAAUGUGAACGAGAUCCCACUUGUUUCCGGCAGGAUGAUGCAGCUGGACCUUUUUGUUUGGUCACAGUAUAUACCGUAUAUGUGAGCCCUGUCGUGUUUACAUAUGCCUUGGGUGGUGUAUAUGUUGAAAUAAUUUAUUACUACUGUAUUAUUUUUAAUGCUAAAAAAAAAUGAACUGUACCUUUUUAAUAUAUUGAUUUGUCAUGCACUCAAUAAAAUAUACAAUGAAUCCA